UGUGUAAAAAGGCGCCCGACAGGCAGCGGGCGGGCGGCAGCGCGGGCAGCGGGAGGAGGAGGCGGCCCGCAGCCGACAUGGUGUCCCCGGUCACCGUGGUGAAGAGUGAAGGCCCCAAACUGGUGCCCUUCUUCAAAGCCACAUGUGUCUAUUUUGUCCUCUGGCUGCCAACUUCCAGCCCCUCCUGGUUCAGUGCCCUCAUCAAAUGUCUGCCCAUCUUCUGCCUCUGGGUUUUCCUUCUGGCUCACGGAAUUAACUUCUUGGUGUCACACCGGAGCGCCAGCCGCAUCCUAGCAGGACUCAUCUUCUCAGCAGUGGGAGAUGCCUUUCUCAUCUGGCAGGAGCAGGGAUACUUCAUUCAUGGUUUGCUGAUGUUUGCCAUCACACACAUCCUCUACUCCUCAGCCUUUGGGAUGAAGCCUUUGGACCUGAGAGCCGGUUUGCUGAUGGGCCUCAUUUGCAGUUCCUGCUACGCCUUCCUCUACUCCUACCUCUCGGGCCCAUUCACCUACCUGGUUGCUGUCUACAUCGCCUUGAUUGGCUUCAUGGGCUGGCGAGCAGUUGCUGGCAUGCAGCUCUGCAAUGACCUCUGGACAUGGACCAAGCUCUCAGCCUGCAUUGGUGCCAUGCUCUUCAUGGUGUCGGAUCUGACCAUCGCGCUUAACAAGUUCUGCUUCCCCGUGCCCUACUCCCGCUUCAUCAUCAUGGCCACUUACUAUGCAGCCCAAAUGCUCAUUGCACUGUCAGCUGUAGAGACCAGAGAUGAAGAGGACUUCAGAAAGAGGAGUUAGGUGGAGUGCCAAUAGUCUGUGAAUGACAUGGGUUAUAUCUCAGGUGCUGUAGCUGCAUUCACCCCUGAGAAAGAUUUCCGUUUCUCUAAGCACGUUGGUGAUGUUGAUUUUGCUUCCUUGAAGCGUUACCUUUGGGGCUUUUUUUUCAGUGGCUUUCUCUGAAUAUGGCUUACUUCAGUGUGGAGUCUACAUCAGAAUGCUUAGACUGUCCCUGCAGUAGUUAAAUCAUUCAACUUUUCCUCCUUGGAAGUGCUGUACUACUGCAUUUCACUUGCUAGUCUUGAAACUGAUGUUAAAUGUGUGGGAAGAGGAGGGCUGAUGGAAAGGAGGUUUGGCUUUGCACUGUGCUGGAAGAUUUGCUUUCAGAGGUGGGCAGACAGGCACAGAUCUCUGCUAAAGUCAUAGGUAAAAAUUAAUUUAACUGGUGUUUGCCUCUUUUUAUACAUUACAAAUUCAGUAUGCAGACUGGAGCUAUUGCCUCUGCUGAAAGGAAACCUGGAGGUAAAAACUGCAUAUCCAGAGGAGGGCUGAGCUUUGGAGUCAAGAGCAGCAUGUGGGGCAGCCCCCAGCAGAACCAGAAUGAAAGCAAACCACCAAGCAGAAGGUGCAGAGCAAGGGGUGUGCUGACAUGCAGUGCUGUGUGCUUUGAUCACAGCUGAUCACUGCUGCAGGGCAGGUCAGUAGGUGCCUGUCAGUUUGCCAUGUGGCAGAGCCAAGAGUUUUGGGGAAUUCCAGAUCAAUCUAGGCAGUCAGGCCACUGCUUUCUCCCCUGCCAUAUGUGUGCAGUUAUGUGGUGUCUGCAGCCACCAGUGACAGCUGAGCUGUAACUGGCACAGGAAGAGCUUUGAUUUUUACAGCAGGACUUUGAGUCCUUAGUGUAGCAGACAGAAAUCUAAACUUUAUGCCUUUCAUCCACAAUAUCCUAAUUAACACUGCUGUUUGCAGGAUAUCUCUGGAAUCUUCAUGUGAGCUUUGUCAGUUGUUGCUGUGUUUUGCCAGCUGCUGGUAAAUGAUCAGCUUUGCACCACUUGUUAUCUGGAAAGCCUCUUUUCAGCAGAGCUUCCUGAAAAGCACUGUCCUGCCUGAAGUGCCUGUCACUUUCUUCUUGAACUCACAUGGAGGCAGCAAGAAUGUAAGAGCCAUGAGCCAUCAGGGCUGGGAAAACCUUUUUAGUUCAUCCGUAUUAUUUGGUUGAUUUGUCCCCUAUCUGCUGAAACUAGGUUACUUCUGACUUCAGACUCUCUUAAGAAGAUAUAGGAAGAAGAUACCCUGAUUUUUAAUGAUAUGUAUAUUUUUUCCCCUCAUAUUUAGGAUACCUAUCAGCAAGAUCUCUCUCUGUUUGAAACUAUCUUGAAUGUGCUUUUCCCCUCUGUCCAUCCUAAGGCUGCUUCCAUAGGCUGAGAUGCUCUCCCAGUGGCUUGUUUUAAGACAGAAGUGCACUCAGGUGUGCAGAGGAAGCAAGCUGAGGGUUUCUGCCCCUCUUCAAACCUGCAGCCAAACAGAGACAACCCAACAGACUGCAUGACACAACUCCGUGCGUGCCACAGCAGCCUCCUGCAUGCACUCGUGGGCAGAGCCAACAGGAGGGACAGAUCUCCAGAUCAGCCUCCAGGGCUGAGAAUCUCCAAGAUCUCCAUACCUGGCAUGCUCAGACCAUUCCAGGCAAAAGCCUGGCACAGAGCUCCUUGCACAGUCAGCAGAGCAGGAAUUCCUCUUUGCAAGAGCAUGGCAGGGUCAGGGGGCAGCUGAGGAAACCUACCAACCCCAGGAGCCUUUCUCUUGGUGUUGAGAUGUGCUGCAAGGGUCUCCUGCUCAGCUGGUGGGACUGGGUGUGCAAUGGGCAUUGCUGCCCUGUGAUGUCUGCAUUAGUGCAAAUGCAGCCACUAUUACAGAAAUGCAACUAUCCUGACCCUGUGGAGGCAUCUGCUGCUUUUCAGAGAGAGCUCAGAAAGGUCAGCUGCAUUAUUGAGAGGGAAAGCGCUACACAGCCCUGUGUAAUCUCUUCCCUUUAAUCCUGUUCUGUAAUAUUGUCAGCAUUCAUUCACUGGCUCACUGGGGCCUGUCUGGAGUAAACUGCUAAGGGAAUUCAGAGCCAGAAAACAUCUUCAUUCAUCAGCAUUGCUUAUCUCCUGGCCACAGCCUGAACCCUGCAGUGUAGCUCUCUGUGGAUGUCACCUGCUGUUACUCAUCUUGACUCUUUGCAGAUGUCUUCCUGCAACAGACUACUAAGCUAAGAAGAAAUCUGAGCAUUUGGGAUGAAUCCAUCACUAUUCUCCCAGCACAUGAGCAAAGUGCACAUUUCAGUCUGAUUGACAGCUCCUUGUCAUGCAUCAGCCCAGCAUACUCAAUCCAUAGCAGUUCUUCAGAGGAGCUUUCUGCACCCUGAGCUUCCCAUUCCUUUGAGAAAAAUGUGAGUGAUGAAGUAACCUUUAAAAGUUUGAAUUUUGAUUCUCUCUCUCUUGCUCUCUAGAAAUUAAUAGCCUUCAAUUUCCUGAAGAGGCUGAGCUGCUUUUCUACAUGCUUUUUCAUCUUGUCUUGCUUUGUUACCCUGCUCACAUCAGCCACUGGAUAUUUGCAGAAGAUCUUCUAAAUGUUGUUAGGAGGCCUGCCCUUUCCUCUCCACUGGCCAUCAGAGGUGCAGGUUCUGGUGGCUGAGGUCUCUGCGUGGCUUGAGCAGCCCAAGUGGGCUGUUGUCCCCUUGCUGUCCCCUCACCUGGAGGGGGCUGGCUGGGACACAUCCUGAGCCCUGCUGGCUCUGUCUCAGGGCUGCAAUGGCUGCAGCCUUUCCAGGAGCACAGGGCAGAGCCCUCAACACACAAAGUCAAGAAGAGUCCUGGAUGCCUCAGAGGUUCACCAGUGAGGGCUCUCAGCCUUCAAAAUCUGUCUCCUGUGCUGCAUUCCUCCUUUCAAUUCAUAUUGUAGGAAUGAGACCAUUUUUCUAGAGGCUCUUUCCCACUGGGAAGAGACCAGCUGCUGUGGACACUGCUUUGACACAAUUCUGAGUUUCAUGAACCCUGAGAAACACUAAGCAGCUGCUGACAGCCUGCUAAACACCUCGGAUUAAAACUGUUCCCUCAACCCCAGUGAGGGCAAUCUUCACUCUGACAAGGAACAAAGAAGAAGUGGGAAUGAUGUGACCUGUCUGCAGCACUGCCUUUCUAGACUUUCUGGUUAUCUCUUUGCAUGGUAAAACCAGGAGGUUUGAUCCAUUCUUCUCCUGCUCAGGGGUGCAGUAUUUGAGCAGCACCCAAUCUUUGGCCCAGAACAUGACAGAGGGAAUGCAGCACCCUAGCUGGGUAGUUUGCCUGGCCCCACAGCUCUCAGCUCCUUUCCUUGCAAAGUACAGAGGCUUUCUUUGUGAACUGCUGUGUUCAGACACCUCUCUGCAAUUCCCAUCCGUGGUCACUUGAGAUACACACAGGGUCCAACUACUCUUGUUCUCUUUCCUCUCUGUAGUUACCACCAUCUUGGACAUACAAAAGAUGUAGCACAUGUAUUUCCACCUUGUAUCUCUUUCCAUAGACAGAUCCUCCUCACACAGGACUCCUAAUGAAGUCAAAGAAGCAAUGCUAGUUUCACCUGGUUUUUAAAUGUUAGUAAUGCUUCUGGGCUGUGCCAGUCACACAGAUGUCAGCAGGGUGAAGCUGGUGUAGAAAUGGCAGGUUGAGAAGUACAAAGCCAGAGGAUUUUAAUUGCUUUACUCCUACUCUACCAUGACAAUUGUAUGAAUGCUUAAUAUCUGACUUCUUAGUCCUCCAUAAUGAGGCAACUGUAAGACUAAUUGUUUUAAGAAUUACUCUAACAUGGCUUCUAAGUAGGUUGCUGAAGGUUUCAUGCUGUAAUCAGUGGAGGCAACUGAUAUAAUUUUAUACUAAUAUAUAAAUUUCCAGGACAAACUUUGUAGAAUUUUGUAGGGGCUCUUCUAAGUUUUCCAGUCCUGUAGUUUGACACUAACACCUCGAAGUUUUCAGCUUGCUGUCAUGGUAAUUCUGGGAGCUCUUCUGAAAGCAGCAGAUCAAAGCAAACAGCAACUCUGAAGCUCAGUGGCAGUGCCUCUGUCUCCUUGCUUGGUUUCUGGAUCCAGCAGGGCCUCUCUUAAGCAGAGGCAGCAAAACUCCAUUCUUGGGAGAGGGUGGGAAGUUGCUGACUCCGUAUGAAGAAGUCCUCUUGGGUACUUCUGCCUUUCAUGGAUGCUUGCUCCUUUUGUGGCCUUGGGUAAGUCACUUAAAUUUUCUUGGGCCAGGUCCUCAUCUGGUGUAAAAAAGUGUCCAGUGUAUGAGAGCCACAGCUUUGCCAAGUUACAGCAGCAGGGACCAGGCCCUCACCCCAUUUCUAUCUAGGGUGGGGAUCUUGGCACUUACCUACCUCACAAGGAUGCUGUGAGGAUUAAUUCUCAAACAGCACUUUCAGGAUGUAAAGUGCUAUUUAAGUCCCAAGUAUUAUCUUACCUUAGCAUUAAACAUGCUUUUAGGGAUCUGCAGGACUUCUCUUAAAGAAUGGAAUGUGUGACUGCCUUUUCAAUUUGCAUUGGAUGAAAAGCAAAUGCAAAAUAUUUGUUCACACUCUGUAACAGGAUGGGCUCAGCUGCACUUGCACUCUGAGGAGGGUUUAGCAUAAAAGUCUGAACUCUAAUUUCAGUUUGGCAAAUGGUUUUUAGUUCUUCUAAAAGCCUCAACCAAAACCUUAGAUAUGAACCUUCCCUCUAGAUUUUGCAGUCUGGUCUCAUGUCUGACUGUUGGCUGCAGUAAAUCUAACCCAGCCAAAAGCCAGGGCUGUUCCAGUCUGCUAUGGCUGCUGAAAAGACUGGAACAGAAACUGAAGUUUCUCUGUUCAACAUUCAUUCCCCAGAAGGUCAGCUAAGUUUCAUGGGGCAGCUUUCAAAGGGAGGUUUAAUUUCUGUGAAUAUAAGUUUUACUGGCUUUAAAAUUAUCAGAAAGGGAAGGCCUUAAUGGAGUCAAAAAGGUUGACACAUCCUUCUGUAAUUACUUCCUUUUCACCUGAAUCAAAGAAAUAGGAGGUUCUGUAGUGAAGGAAGUGCUUGUGCCACCAGUCCUAGGAUCCAGAACAAAAGGUGAUCUAGAAAAGGUUCUGUGAACCAUCACCGUGUUCUCAACUAAUGUAAAAAUGCCACUGUUCAUUGAUUUCAAAUCUGGACCAUAGCUAGGAAGGACUUUGUUCUGGUAGCACUGCCUGCUGUACAAACACAAAUGAAGGAGAGGAAUUACACACCAAGGAAUGUCAGCUGUGUACAUGGGAAAUGGACCAUAAUUUUGAAGCAGCUGCAGUAAAAUAUCUUACGAACUCAGAAGCAAACACAAUGCAAAUUUUUAUGGUUUCUUUAAAACAUUUGAUGGGUUUUAGUUCUCUUAGUUUGGAGGAAAUUUUUCUUAAUGUUAUUUUAUUUUUGCUCUUAUUGUAAAGAAAAAAAAUUACAGCUCUAGAUAGACUACAAAUGAAAAAAGGUGGUUGGUUGGCAGGAAUGCCAAAUCAUCUGUGGCUUGUAUUGUUUCUGUGGUGACAUUAUGCUGCUGUAGGAUGAGCUACUGGAGAGAUGUGACUGCUCAGCAGCAAAGCUGAAGCCCCAGACCAGUCUCCUAUAAGAGGGAUGCAGGGGCUGAGCCACUGGGACUGCAGUGGGAGCACUGGGCCAAUUUGGAUCAGUCAAAAGCAGAGAGAGCAUCAGGAAAGAAAAUAAACCUUUUCCUGACAGCUAAAAAGCAGGAAACCAAAGCCAGGCUGGGCAAUGGUGCUGAAUCAGCACAAACACAGGGAUCUGGACCUUGCUUGUGCAGGCUGGACUUAGGUCUUGCUCCUAAUGCACCUGGGAAGGCUUCCUCCAAGUCUCCAGUUCUGUCAGGGUCAGGCCAGCAGAAUCUGAAGUUUUAUUUAAUAAAACUCCAAAUCUUAGAAACAAACAAACAAACCCAAGGAAGGAAAAAGCACGUGCCCUUGGGAAAGCAGUAGUUCUGCCUUGCUGAGACUGCAGAUGUGGCUGGUCUGUCCUGAACACUGCUCUCCAUGUCUUGUACCCAUGCAAGCCCCCCAACUCCAGGCCCUCUCCCACAUGUUCCAGGCAGAGUGCACUGAAAGAUGGGACUGAAGCAGCUGCUCUCCCCUGGGAGUCAAACAUUUUGCCACAUUUGAAAGGCUCCAGCACUUCCUUUACCAUGAUUGUAAAGGUCACCACAUGCAGUAUGGCCACUCGAUCUGGGAUCUUCUAUUAACACAUUUUUAUGCUGAUUUUAAUGUUUUAAUUCUUUGUUUGGAAUGUAUUUUUUUCCUCAUUUCUUCUGUGUGUAACAGCAAUUAAAAAUAUUAAUUUACUGAGUA